UGGUUUAGGCUUUGCGUUCCCGGAGUGGGCGUACAAGGCGGAGUCUUCCCCGGGCUCGCGGCAGAUCCAGCUGUGGCACUUCAUCCUGGAGCUCCUGCGCAAGGAGGAGUACCAGGAGGUGAUCGCCUGGCAGGGGGACUACGGCGAGUUCGUCAUCAAGGACCCCGACGAGGUGGCGCGCCUCUGGGGCGCACGCAAGUGCAAACCGCAGAUGAACUACGACAAACUCAGCCGCGCACUCAGGUAUUACUACAACAAGAGGAUCCUGAAUAAGACCAAAGGGAAGAGAUUCACCUACAAGUUCAACUUCAACAAGCUUGUGCUGGUUAACUACCCCUUCAUCGACAUGGGCUCUACAGGACCAGGUGUUCCUCAGAGUGCCCCUCCCGUGCCCAGUGGGGGGGGUGGCACUCACUUCCGCUUCCCCCCGUCGGCGGCGUGCGAGGCGUCUCCUGGCGAGGCCGAGGGCCGGAGCCCCGGCGUGAUGGGCGCUCUGGGCCGGCGUGUGGCCCGCAGCUCCGUGUCCGACUGCAGCGACGGACCCGAGGCGGAGGAAGGGGGCGGGGGGGGCGGCGAGGAGCGAGGAGGGGGGCACGAGAGGUACCGGGGGGGCGCCCUGCACCCGCGCCUGUCCCACGACUCCGUGUACCGCGUCUACUCCGGCCACUCUCAGCGCGCCCCCCCCUCCUCCUCCUCCCACCGCCCCUCCACGGAGCCCAUCUCCCCCUUCCCCGUGUCCCCCCUCCCCGGCCCCCCCACCACCGCCGGCGGCCUGCUGGCGCCCCCCCUGUCGCCCGCCCUGUCCCUGACGCCCUCGUCCCACCUGCCCUACAGCCCCUCGCCCUCGCUCUCGCCCCUCCUGGGGUCUCACUUCUCCUUCAGCGCGGAGGACAUGAAGCGCUACCUGCAGGCUCACGCCCAGAGCGUCUACAACUACCACCUGAGCCCGCGCGCCUUCCUCAACUACCCCAACCUGCUGCUGGCCAUGCCCCCCCCGGCCCAGCGCAGCACCGACGCCCCCCACCACCACGCCCACGAGCGCCAACACCACCACGGCCCGCUCUCGCACCCCCACCCCCACGCCCACACCCACGCGCACGCCCACCCGCACGCCCACCACAUGGCAGAGGACCCCCCCCACCCCUCCUCCUUCAAGUUCAAGCUGCAGCCCCCCCCUCUGGGCCGGAGGCAGCGUGACGGGGGUCCGGGGGGGAUGGGGGGGAUGGGGAGGCAGGGCUCGCUCUCGUCCUGCUCCACCUCGGGCCUGGGGUCGUCGCUAGGGUCGUCGCUAGGCUCGUCGCUGUCCUUCGGCAGCGAUCUAAGCUCCGCCUCCGGCUCGGGCCUCAUCUCCCAGUCCUCCUCCACGGGAUCCCUCAACAGCGCCGGCCUGCCCAAGAUCAAGGUGGAGCCCAUCUCUGACAUCGAGUCUGAGGAAGAGGUUCAGGUGACGGACGGGAGCGAUGAGGAGGCAGACGACGAAGACUUCAAGCCUUUCUCCUCAUCUUCCCGUCAUCAUCAUCUUCUUCAUCACCAUCUCCUCCAUCAUCAUCACCACCACCACGCACACCUCCACCACCCUCACCUCAUGCGCCAGCCCCAUCGCUAUGCCAACGGCGGCGCCCACCACCACCACCCCCACCCCCCUGCGCUGGACGACGACCUAGACGAGGAGGAGGACGUCUUCAAAGCGCCCGCGCCGCCGCCCCCCCCUCCUCCCCUCACCCCGCUCCGCAGUCCCGCCCCCCCCCACCUGAAGAGCGAGCCGCUGGACCCCCCCGCGGCCACCCCCCCACCUCAGGGCCAGUGCAUCCCCCUCAAGCUGCGCUUCAAACGCCGCUGGAACGAGGACCAGCGCAUGGAGACCAACUCCGCCGAGCAGGAGGACAAGAAGGUGCGAGGAGAGAGGGAGCGAGAGGAGGAGAGGGAGAGGGAGAGAGAGAGGGAACGAGAGAGGGAA